AUGGCCGGCCAUCGGCCGACCCCCCGGCUGCCCGAGUGCCAUGGCUGCGGCUCUUCUCUCCGCCGGCGUAAAGCUCGGGCCUUGAGAGAUGCGGUCCAAUCGCCCCACAUGGCGGCGCCCGGCCGCGUGAUUGCGCUCCUGGAUCACUGGCGGCCGGAGCGCUACCCUACGACGCGCCUCUACGAGCGUCACUUCCUGGGCCUCGUCCACAUCGUCACGGGAGACCUCUUCCCGGCCUGCCUCAACGUGACUGACGAGCACGGCGGCAUCGCUUGCCGGCUCCACUACCGCGACUCGUACCCGGGCGAGGGCCACCUCUACUCGGUCGGCAAGGUUAUGCUCUCCCUCGCCGCGUCAGGGAGCCCAAAGAAGAAGAGGUCCAAGGGGCCGGGCUGGCUGCGGACGCUGGCGCGCCGCGCGAGCGGAAAGCUCGAGACGGCGUCCGGCGUGCUGCUGAUGCACAUGGACUUUUUUGUCGACCCGGCCCGCCUCCGCCGCCGGCGGGCAGACUUUGUGUGGCGGCUCGGGCCGGGCCUCCCCGGCGAGGCGUGGCAGAAGAGCGCGCCUCCACGCGCCGUCCCAGCCCGGCCAGGCGUGGCGACGUUUGCGGGCCAUUCCAGGGUUCCGCCGAGGCUGCUGGUGUCGGACCUGGCCGCGCUGCGGGCGGGGCGAGACGAGCUCUUUUGGCGGGAGCGCUGCUUCCGCGAGGAUGGCCGGAGCGGCGCCGGCGAGCGAGCGGCGGCGCCGUGGUUCGGCUUUGACUCGUGGCGAAGGGGGAUGCGGGCCUCCCACCAGCUGCACAACGCGACGGCGUUGCUCGGCCGCUACCGCCAGAGCGCGCCGUCGCUUGACGGAGCGUGGGCGGCGGUGGGCGCGGGGACGGUGUGCGCCGGGUGGAGCGACCUGUACUACGUCCCCAUGCGCCUGGCCGCCGCGUUUGGCGACCUGAUGCACCUCUACUUUUGGCAGCGCGUCUUCCACGAGGUUGCCGUGCCGUCGAUCCUGCACAUCCUCUCGGGCGGCUCGCGCGAGGAGGAGGUGCUCGACGGGUGCUUCGGCUGCUGCUGCUGCGACCUCGAGCCGGCAAUCGACCCGGCGCUCGUGCUCGGGAAGCAGGAGUGCGCCCACCGCGUCGACCUGCGAGAUGCGCGCGCUCGCAGCUUUAUGCGAGCCGCGCUCCUCCGCGGCUAA